UGCUCAUGCGCGAGAAACAAGUAGAAUGCCAGCUAUCAACUCCUUGCACCAUCGGUGGACAUUACACAAAAUGUGUUAGCUACUUAGUAAGAAAUUAUUUAUUAUUAAUAAAUGUAAAUCACUAACAACGGUGUAAGUUGUGCUUCUAAUCAGUACGGCUUUCACUGACUUUUCUCUUAUGGCACACUCGAUGUGGUAAACAAAGUCUUCGUUAACCAAGACAGUCGCCAUCACAUCCACCCAGCACUGAGUCGACCCUCUUGACUCUUAACUACUCAGUCAUGGACAAAGGUUUGGUACCAGGCAGGACCAGUUCGGUCUCAGAGGAGAUGGAGGGGAUAUGUGUGAUGCCAGAUAUGAGUGGCAUCAAGUCGGAGCACCCGGGUGGAAGUGCGGACAACACAGGUGCACAGAACGUGGCCAUGGGGAUCAAGUUCAUUCUGCCCAACCGCUUCGAUAUGAACGUAUGCUCAAGAUUCGUCAAGUCACUCAACGAAGAGGACAGCAAAAACAUACAGGACCAGGUCAACUCCGAUUUGGAGGUGGCUUCUGUUUUAUUUAAAGCCGAGUGUAAUAUUCAGACGUCACCCUCACCGGGGAUACAAGUACGUCAUGUUUAUACCCCGUCCACCACCAAACACUUCUCUCCCAUCAAACAGUCGACAACACUCACCAACAAGCACCGUGGUAACGAAGUGUCCUCCACUCCUCUUCUCGUCCACUCUCUGUCCAUUCACCAGCUAGCAGCACAGGGUGAAAUGGUUUUCCUAGCCAGCAGGAUUGAACAAGAGACUGUGAUUAACCUGCAGGAUGAGGAAGGCUUCACCCCCCUGAUGUGGGCUGCAGCACAUGGACAGAUUGCAGUCGUAGAAUUCCUGCUUCAGAAUGGAGCGGACCCCAACCUGUUGGCUAAAGGCAGAGAGAGUGCUCUGUCUCUGGCAUGCAGUAAGGGAUAUACAGACAUCGUGAAGAUGCUCAUCGAUUGUGGGGUGGAUGUCAAUGAAUAUGACUGGAACGGCGGGACUCCCGUGCUCUACGCUGUCCAUGGGAACCAUGUACCCUGUGUGGAAAUCCUCCUGGAAAGUGGAGCCGACCCCACCAUUGAGUCCGACUCUGGCUUCAACGCUAUGGAUAUGGCUGUGGCAAUGGGCCAUAGGAAUGUUCAACAGGUGAUGGAGGCCCAUCUACUGAAGCUGCUGAUGGGGAUGCGAGAGUGACCAGAGCCCAGGGAAAAGCCACUAACCUGGGGACAUGAGGAAUUGAGGGAUUGCCUGGGAAUGGAAAUGCAGUAUACAGCAGAUGCCAUAGCGAAGAAAGAAAUGUCUGAGGACAAUCGUGAAGCACGUCUGAGGCUCAUGUGUGAAACGUUUAGGAAGCAUGUGUGUGAGUAUUUAGGCACCCCAUGUAUCCGUUUUGGGUAGACAUCCUAUUGAGUUUUGUAACAAACCAUGUAAGAAACUAGUGCAUAAACCCAAACCAUUCCUUAAUAAUGGGGGAUGUUGAAAGUUGAGUUAAUUGCACACGUCAUUUGAGAAUUCUGCCCCUCAUGAAAAGGGUAUUGGCAUGAGAGUAAAACAGCCUAGUGGGUCAACUGCCGCAACGACUAAGAGCAUAGACUUCUAUGCUGUUUUGGUGCCCUAGCUCCCACGUAACAGCAUUCAGCGAACCUGUGCACAUACUGUGUGUGACGGAACAAAGGCUUGCAUCUCAAUAUCUGCAGUGCUGCUCGUGGCAACGUCAUUUCGCGGGCUACUUUUAACAAGUUGUGGUGAAAUUAAGUACAUCAAAUAAUAAAUAUUAAUAAAAUUGGUCCCAUGUUAAGAGAUAAAAAAAAAAAAAAAAAUCCACAGCCACAAAAAGCUUCUCAAAUUUUGUCCAGAAAAAAUAAACACGCACACUGCUCUUGGUAGCAUCACUGCUCUUUAUUAAGCUUUACGUAUCAGCCUCAGAGCUUUUUCAAAUAUAUGUAAAGCUUAAUAAAAGAGCAGUGUUGCGGGGAGGGGGACUGCUGUAGGUAGGUUGUAGUUUAAUGUAUAUUUGUGUUUAUCUGCCCGACUUCAUUGGAAGAUAUGGUUGAAAUGCCAUCCUAGGGUACAUUAGUUUAGUAGAAUGUUCCUUCAGAUUUUUGCUAGUGCUGCUUUAUUGUAAAAAACACCUUGUAAACCAUCUUCACCAAAUUCUCAUUUAUUCAAAGUAAACGCUGUGCACGUCGGUGCAAGUGUAAAUGGCCUUUAAGUCACAUUGUUGGCAGUCCGGCGCACUACUUAGUUGUCCAUGGGGUGCAAUUUAAAAAAAUGUUUAAGUAAUCAGAGAAAAUAUAAAUUGACAAUAGCAAAAUGUUUAUUCCAGAUAUAGUUUCAGCCAGACUGCAAAGAAAUCAGGUUCAGUAACAUGGAAGAAACAGCUGAAGAGAAUAUGAAGAGCACGAACCACAGAACCCGUACAAUCUCUCACUGACUCAAACUGGACACGGACACCACAGUGCACAAAAAAGUAUGAGUCGGGUGGCAAGAAAUAAAAAAUUAAAUAAAAAAAAUAACACCUAGUGCCCUUAUCCAACCCAGUCAAGUCCUGUUGAGACUCCUGAAGGUCUUUUUUUCUUUAGUUUGCCUCAUCCUUGGAAGCCUCAUCGAAAUUCUCCACCAGAUCUAAAAACAACAAGAGCCAACGGUGGGUAAGUGACGUGUCAGUAAGGUUAAACAGGCCUAAAUACAAACAUACAUGCCUCUUUCUACUAAUCUCAGACCACUUAAGAAAAAAAGA